CUCGUUUUUGACUAUUCUCCCUGUAUACCCGCCUCUAUCUUUCGCCAUUGUGGUUCUCGACUAGUGUGGUCUAUCUUGUUGGCAUCGUGAACACCUUGAUUUGCUGACAACGGAGUGCACGUCGUUGCGAACUACUGUAUAUUUGAAUUGUCUGAGUGCCGAAGAGCGAGUUUUGAAAUCUUGAAAACUGUAUAAUUACCGAACGACUUCAUCAUCCAUCAUGGUCCACAACAACGGCCACGCCAAUGGCGCCGAGAGCCCACUCGCCCAGAUCGAACAGGUCAUCAAGGCAUCGCUGAGACCAAUGCCCACCGAGACUGGUGACGGUACUUACGUUAAGGGCAACACGACCACCGGCCUGGCUCAGGAUCUGAGCCAUGUCGACCUCAAGGAUGUCAAGACGCUGGCCGAGGUCGCGAAGAGCGCAAUUACUGGUGACCCCGUCAAUGACCGGGAGUAUAUUAUGGAGCGAGUGAUCCAGCUCGCGGCAGGUUUGCCGUCUACUUCCAAGAAUGGAAAGGACUUGACGAAUACUUUCUUGAGUACCCUUUGGAAUGAUCUACAGCACCCGCCCAUUUCGUAUCUUGGGCGGGACUCUGCUUAUCGUAAAGCAGAUGGAUCGGGCAAUAAUCCUUUCUGGCCCAAUAUUGGCGCCGCUGGUACACCUUACGCACGAUCUGUCCGGCCACAGACCAUGCAGCCUGGUGCUCUCCCAGAGCCAGAGACCCUUUUCGACAGCCUCCUCGCUCGGAAGGAGUUCAAAGAACACCCCAACAAGAUUUCCAGUGUACUUUUCUAUCUUGCCUCUAUCAUCAUUCAUGAUCUCUUCCAAACGGACCCCAGAGAUCAAACAGUAUCUUUGACUUCGUCUUACCUGGACCUGGCUCCACUUUACGGAAACAAUCAAGAGGAGCAAAACGCCGUCCGAACAUUCAAGGAUGGAAAACUCAAGCCAGAUUGCUUUUCCACUAAGCGUAUUCUGGGAUUCCCGCCUGGUGUCGGUGUCAUGCUGAUUAUGUUCAAUCGUUUCCACAACUACGUCGCCGAGCAACUUGCUCAGAUCAACGAAGGUGGCCGAUUUACCAAGCCAGAUGAGUCGAACACCAAAGCUUAUGCCACCUGGGACAACGACCUUUUCCAAACCGCGCGUCUGGUUACUUGCGGUCUCUAUGUCAACAUUAUCCUGAAGGACUACGUUCGGACCAUUCUAAACCUGAACAGGACUGACAGUACUUGGAGCUUGGAUCCUCGCGCCGAGAUGAAGGAUGGCCUCCUCAGUGAUGCCGCUAAGCAGGCUACUGGAAACCAAGUCUCGGCUGAAUUUAACCUCGUCUACCGCUGGCACUCGUGUAUUUCUGCUCGCGACCAGAAAUGGUCUGAGGACCUGUAUAAGGAAAUAUUUGUGGGUCAAGAUCCAGACAAGAUUUCCCUUCAACAGUUCACCAUGGGUCUUGGAAAAUGGGAGGCGAAGCUCCCAGAGGAUCCCGUGGAGCGUCCCUUUGCCAAGUUACAGCGUCAGGCUGAUGGUCGCUACAAUGACGAUGAUUUGGCCAAGAUUUUCGAAGAGAGUGUGGAAGACGUUGCUGGAGCGUUUGGCGCUUCGAACGUCCCAACUGUCUUCCGUACGAUCGAGGUCCUCGGCAUCAAGCAGGCGCGUUCUUGGAACCUGGCCACGCUCAAUGAGUUCCGCUCGUUCUUUAGCUUGCAGCCUUACAAGACCUUUGAAGAGAUCAACUCCGAUCCUUACAUUGCCGAUCAGCUCAGAAAUCUCUAUGAUCACCCAGAUCUGGUCGAGCUCUACCCGGGCCUGAUUGUUGAAGAUGCCAAAGACCCAAUGCUUCCAGGCAGUGGACUGUGUGCAAACUACACUACCUCCCGAGCCAUUCUCUCGGAUGCAGUUACGCUUGUUCGUGGUGACCGCUUCUAUACCGUUGACUACACGCCCAAGCACCUGACAAACUGGGCCUAUAACGAAAUCAACUACGAUACGUCCGUUGAUGAGGGUGCAGUCUUCUACAAGCUGGUUCUGAGAGCCUUCCCCAACCAUUUCCAAGGAAACUCGGCCUACGCACACUUCCCAUUCGUCGUGCCUCACGAGAACAAGAAGAUCAUGACUAGCCUCGGCAGAGCUGCAGUAUACAGCUACGAUAAGCCCACUUACAAGGCUCCGCCUCGAAUGAUCAGCUCCCACGCUGCUUGCAUGUCUAUUCUCGCGGACAAGGAGACCUUCGGUGUGACUUGGGGCAAGAAGCUGGAGUUCAUCUUGAGCCGCGAUGGCCAUUCGUAUGGCGGUGACUUUAUGUUGUCUGGUGAUCGUCAACCAAAUGUCGAGUCCCGCAAGAUGAUUGGCAAUGCUCUAUACCGGGACAAGUGGAAGUCCGAGGUCCGCUCGUUCUACGAGGAAAUCACCUUGCAGCUCUUGCAAAGGAAAUCCUACAAGAUCGCUGGCGUGAACCAGGUUGACAUCGUCCGGGAUGUGUCCAACCUUGCUCAGAUCCACUUCUGUGCCCAUAUCUUCUCCCUCUCGUUGAAGACCGACUCAAACCCUCGUGGUGUCUUUACCGAGCAGGAGUUGUAUCAAAUCAUGGCCUUGGUUUUCACCUGCAUCUUCUACGAUGUCGAGGUUACCAAGUCCUUCCAGCUUGAGCAGGCCUCUCGCAAGGUUGCCCAGCAGCUGGGUGAGCUGGUCAUGGCGAAUGUCGAGCUCGUGAACAAGUCUGGAUUCAUUGCCGAUAUUGUGAAUCGUCUUCACCGUCACGAUUCCCUGACCGAUUAUGGUGUUCACAUGAUCCAGCGAUUGUUGGAUAGUGGGCUGCCACCGAAGGAGAUUGUUUGGACGCACAUUCUCCCGUCGGCAAGUUCCAUGGUCGCGAAUCAGGCUCAGUUGUUCAUCCAGUGCUUGGACUUCUACCUGGAGCCGGAGAAUGCGCACCACCUUGCUGAGAUUCAGCGCCUCUCAAGGGAAGAUACUCCGGAAUCUGAGGAGCUAUUGCUGCGAUACUUCAUGGAAGGAGGCCGAAUUCGCUCGUCAGUUGCACUGCCACGCGAAGUCGUAAAGCCAACCGUCAUCGACGACAAUGGCGAGAAGAUCACCCUGAAAGCCGGCCAAGAGAUCUUCGUCAACCUGGUUGCCGCAAGCCACGAUCCCAAGGCAUGGCCAGACCCGGAACAAGUUCGCCUGGACCGUGACCUGAGCCAGUACUCCCACUUUGGCUUUGGUCCCCAUCAAUGUCUCGGCCUCGGCGUGUGCCAGGUAGCAUUGCCCACUAUGCUGCGUGUUGUCGGACAAUUGGAGAAUCUUCGUCGUGCUCCUGGACCGCAGGGCCAGUUGAAGAAACUCCCUGCCUUGGGAGGGUUGACUAUGUAUAUGGAUGCUGAGCAUAGUAUGAUCUCGCCGUACCCUUCGACGAUGAAGAUCCAGUGGGAUGGGGAGUUGCCCAAGAUGGCGGGUAAAUAAGUUUUUUGACCUUUUUUAUGUAAAUCAUGGCCGAAUGAAUUCAUCUUUUCUUCA